AAUAGCUUUAUUUUCACGUUUAUUGGCAGCAUAUGUGGUGAAAGAAAUUAUGUUUGAGUUGUAGUAGGCAUACAUUAACCAUAAAAAAAACGGAAUUUAUGGCAUGAAUUAUUUUCGUGCAUGUUGUGUGCGACCGUCAACAAUACAGCUUUCGUGUUGCAGCUGAGACAAAGUUUGCAUAUCACAUUCGGGGAGGACAGCGGUAAAACGGACAAACAUGGCGGAUACGUUGUUUUUCAAUCGGCCUCAGAGUCGAUACCCUUACUGGGUUAACAUUCCCCCAACUGUCCCAAAAUAUCCUUCGUCACAAGAAAUGUUCAGGCGGAGCGUUCCAGAAAAAUACACUUCGAAAGUUGGCCGCGAGUCCUACCAGCACUGGACAGACAAAUGGUACGACAAUGGUGAACCAAUGCGCCGCCAGGAGGAGCUACCAAAGGUCGUUGACCGACACGAGCCAUGUCAACGUCCGUGGGAGUACAGAAUGGGCACUUCCGCUGUACCGAAAUGGUCACGUGAGGGCAAGGACUGGCCAGUCGACGACAGGAAGUACCUGAGAUCAGGUCGCCCGGUGACCGAAACAAUGAGAGCCCGGGGCAUGAACCGUCUGAGCGCACGAGAAGAUAACCUCUACCCGUUCUCAAACUACAUGACCUCUACAUACCGGAAGCCUGUAUAUUCCAUAUACGGCCCCCUACAGAGGCCCCAGGUGUACGGUAUCACGCACCAGCACAACCAACACGGAUAUAUGCCAUUUGAGGAUUACUAUUAAUAUCUUGGUCCAGCUGUUUAAAGAUGCGAUGCCAUUGAAUCAGUUUAAUGCCAUGUACAUAAUGUUUUAUCUGUCUCUGAUUGUCAGUCAUUGUAACAGUAGCAGAAUUUUUAUAUUGUUUUUCGUUUUUGUAACCAAGCUAUUGGUGCUGAAAAUCUAUAUCUUGAAACUGUGAUGUCAUGUGAUAAAA